AUGGAUUCUAACCUGCAACCUGAGCCCGAUGAUCAGAUGGAACUGUUCCUAAAGAAGAACAAUCUGAUCUCUGACAUCCUGGCGUCCACCAGUACCAUCAUCUCUUCCUUCCAGCAACCCGACAAACAACAGGCCGCCAUCUCCGGCCUACUGGAGGCCGCAAGCAAGAUCCCUCCCAUCAUCCAUGAGUCCAACAAUGAGAAUAAUGAGAUUUCUCAGCUUCUGAUGGCCACAGGCGGUAUCGUGGCUUGCCACCUGCAUCCCCAAUUCCAGCAAGCCGCAAUCGCCAACCUUCUAGCAGCCAUAAGCAACGUUGUCGCUUCCGUCAAGAAGGUCAACAAUGCUCAUUGCGCUCUCAGUCAAGUCGUCGAAGACCAAACCUGCUACUUUGAUCACUCCCGAUCGAGCUCAAGCGCAAGAUCUGGAACCUCUGCCUUCCGCCUGGCAGAAUUUACGAACCAAAUCCUCAGAGAAGUCAACAGGGAGGCUCGCGCAUUCUGUAUGCAGGUGGGCAAGUUCCGUUUCGGCUAUAACGAGGACGAUAUGAAGCACGGAACAUUCGGAUCGAUUUGGUACAAUGACAAGUUGGACGCCAUGUACAUCUCCAACUUCAGGCAGUGGUCGGACCAAAACGUCUUGCAGGUUAAGAACGUUGUCAUUGGAGACGCGAUCGUCCUCAAUCCGAAUGAUUGCGCUGACAUCCUCACGGGCGAUUGUUGGGGUUGCGACAACCUUACGAUCGCCUACCAGCCUCGCGGAGCUCCCGCAGUGGUGAACAGAGGACCGACUCCCCAAGAGCUGAAGAAUACUAUACCAGUCUUCUACGCCAUAAAUGAUGGCGAGGAGCGCGUCUGCGCUGAGGUAGUGGACUUGGACGACUGGGGAAAGGGCAAAAUGAAGACCUGGGAUCAGCAUAGAGCCGAACUGGAGGAGUUUUUUCACCAGGACGAGGACAAGAAACGCGUCAUAUUCCGGGCCGUAGAGGUUUUCCGCAGGCCUUUCAUGAUGUAUUGA